UCGCGAGACUUCCGCCGACCCUAAGAGGAAAGGUUUACCCUGCCGCUGCCUCCGGGCUAGGGGAGGCAACGAAGUAAUAAUCCCAGGGGAAAUCCCAUUUCUGGGUUCUUCCCACCUGCCCCGAAGCCGAAUGCUGCCCAGAGAUGAGCCCACAGCGCUUGGCGUCAGAGCUCUGUGGAUGGUCGGACUUCCAAACCACCUGCCUCCGCCGUGGGUCCGACUCCCCACGAGCUGGCGCCGCCCUCCCCACCUGGGAUGGCUAGGGGCGGGGCCUGGGUAGCGGCGCGGUUUCCCGGGUGACGGCCGCGCGGAAGAGGCGGGGCUAGGGCCCUGGUCUCCACUGCCCGGCUCCUGGGGGCCGUGACCGGGAAUAGCGGCCCCCGAGAGUCAGGCAGAAGCGGGGCAGAAGGGACAGCGCCAGAGGCCAGUGCUCCCAACCCAGUAAUUCCAGUCUCUGACUGGCGGCAGAACAAGGGUGGGGCUUGGGAGAGGCCGGCGAACGCGACAAGCUUGAAGGCGUGGCCCGCGAGGCCAGCGAGGGGCAGGGCCCAGCCUUGGACUACCAGCCUUGUAGUGAUGCUGCGCUCCGACCUGCUCUCCCGCAGGUCGGAGCCUGUGGCCGCUUGUCGCGGAGUAGCGGCGCGGGCGGGCCAUGUCUUGGGACUCCCCGUCGCUGUGGGUGCUGGUAGAGGAGCACGUUCCGCUCCCGGAGCGGCCCGAAGUGAAGAGGAUUCUGGGGGAGACGACGGUGGACCUGAGCCUGGAACUCCGGGCAGAGGUGGUGAUGCUACAGUCACUGCUCCGUGAGGCUCGAUCCUCCCAAGCCUCUGGCUCCCGACCCACCUCUGACCCCUCCUCCCUUCUGGCACCACCGCCCCUCCUAAGAGACCUCGUGCGCCAGGAACUGAGACAGCUGCUCCUUGGUCUCCGCCAGAAGGCCAUCUGCGAGGGCAGAGACCAGACCCAGGCUUGGAUCCAGUAUAGCCCCAGGGUCCUGCGCUUUGCCCUGGAGGAGCCUGGGUGUAAUUUGCCAGAACAGGAGAUAUUCCAGAUGAGAGCUGGUGAAUCCAGCAGUCAGAGGGACCUCAGCGUCAUCAAGGACCAGCUGAACGUGUCCAGCAUCGACCAGGUUGCCAGACACCUGCGGAGCCUCCUGGAGGAGGAGUGUCACACGUUGGAGAGGAUGAUCCCCAUCCUACAGCGCCGCCUGGAAGAGGAGUAUACAGGGGCAUCCCAGCCCUCUGAGGCCACCCUAGAGCCCACCCUGGCAGAGCUACGGGAACAGAAGGUGGCCAUGCAACAAGAGCUGCAGGUGCCUCUGAGGCCUUCCUGUAUCUCUUCCAGCCACAGGCAGCAGCCCGCGGGGUCCUCCAAAGGUCUCAGACCCUUGCCUUGCCUCCGUGGGGCUUCUGGAGUUGGGGCUGAGUCUCUCCGGUGCUGCCUGCCUGCCCCUCCUCUGGAGCGCUGCCCCCGACCUCGAGGCCUGACUACCACCUGCCGCUGGGGACGGAAGCUUCAGCGCAGCCCCGGGAAAAGGCCAGCUUCUACUCCAAUGUCCAGUACAGCACCCCAGGCCCCAACCUGAACGACCAGUCACAAAGUAGGCUUCGGCUCCUGGUGGAACUCGCCCCAUCUGCUGCUGCCACCUCUCAGCUGCCGUGGCCCAGCCCGAUUCAGAUCUCGUCUUGGUUGGAUGGGCCCUGGCCAGGACGCCAAGGCUGUCUGUCUGUCUGGCCCUUGCCCCACCCCCUCGCCAAGUCCCUAGUGUCUGCUUCUGACAAUCAUAGCCUUUGGCCUUUCUUCUCCCAGCCCUCCACAAACUCUUGGCAGGCAGAGGUCUCAUCCCAGCCCCAACUCUUGUCCCCCUGGGGGACUCACACAAAGCACAGCAGCAGCUCAGAGACAGGAAUAGAAAUUUCAUUAAAAUCUAUGGACUUUAAAA